AUGAUAUGGGAAGAUAUACUGUCUAGGACUGUGGAACGCGAGUCAAAGAGAAAAGCGCAAUUAAAGGCUAACAAAGAGCUUUUGGACCGAAUAGCUUCAUGCGCUAUCUUCAAGUGCAUGCACGCAAUGAACGGGAAGCGGUAUUUGAUAUCUGUGUACACUCGGAACGCUCAGCGGUACGAUUUGGAGGGGCUUCGUGUCGUGGCAUAUGACCCGCGUUCGUCUGCUACAUUCACCCUGGUAAUGUCACUUCGAGAGUUCAAUUCCCUAGGGUAUGGCCGCACAUGUGAGGGGCUGGGGGCUUUCAGUAAGUGGCUCUGUCUGCUGUACGAGAAGCGACGUAGACAAUUCCGUCUUGUCUGGUCUGGAGCCCCGUGUCCUCCUCCACUUCGCAUACGUGAAAACGACCAAACGCUCGUUUGUCUUCAUAAAGAAGGGGUUAAGACGACAGGAUCAUCGACGGAUAGCUAUUCGCUUGUGUCAGUGUAUCUAAGAACAAAUGACCGGUCGAAUGUGCGCUUCGUGGUGGGCUCUUGGCAUAGUCACGACUUUGUACUCACGGAACAUGUCGUGGCAGCUCGUAGUUUGGUUAUUGGUACUGAUCUUGACGUCCAGUGGAGAAUUUACUCGAGCGAGGUUGUUGUGAAUCGAGGGAGGUAUAUUCUUCACAUGUACGAUACAAGUGAGAUUGAGUACACGGUGGAGCUUCUCCCCAAAUCCAGAAAAGGAGACCCUUCACAACAAGUUAGUCACUCGUGUGUAAGCAGACUGGUGCUCUACAAGCGCACCGUCAACCCGUAUAAUGUCCGUCUUUCAUCUUCGAAUUUUGCAGAUUUGAUCGAGGCUACACAAUUCAAGUGGAAAGCGACUGUAUCACCCAAAUGGGCAGGCAAACUUGCGAACUACGUCCGUGUGCUACGACUGGCUAAGUAUGCGUGCAAAAUCAGUGGUGUUUUCUGCUUUAUCGCGGUCUUUAUCGUCCAGCAGAAGACUGAAUUUCGAGCACAUUUGCUGCUCGAAAUCACGUGGCUCCAUCCGACCUUCUCUUCUUCUUUUUCACUGGGUGGUACACCAGUACGACAGUCUCUACGUAUCCCACUUUCAGAAUAUGUUCGCUGCGUCAACGCGUCGCGUCGUUUUGCUGCAGCCUGCUCUGAAUGCGAUACGAUUCAACUUCGACGGCUACACGCAAUUAAAGAGCUUAUCAUCCAUGCUGGGGCUGUCGCUCCAGGUUCAUUAGAGUUGAUUUACGAUGGAUACUGUGGACGAUGCACAACGCUUGUCCCGCCAAUUGUACUCGUUCUUGGGUCUGCGAUGUCUUCAUCGACGACGAUGUGGCUACUGCCGAUGUUGGGGCAGUACUUUGCAUCUUUUGAUUGCAGCAAAAACGGCUUCCUGGAAACCCUUCUGCUUGCACUAGCUCGGGAUCAGGUCGCUGUCCUCUUCAACGCUAACUGUGGUCUGACCGUGUGCAACGCCAAUUUAUUUGUCCAUGAGCUCCAUUGGUGGCUAUAUCCAGAUCACCACAAUCUUCCGUGUCACGUGGCGUAUCUUGGAUUAAACCAAGCAGCGUGUCAAAUAGCCGAGCUCGAUCCAGUACGCUUAGACGAGGGUGACAACGAAGAGAAUGAUCAUGCGUCUGCGUUCGACGCUUACCUUGUGGCUGAGGCUGUGCUGGUUGAGGUCACGCAAGUGCUUCUGCACCCUGACAACGCGUGGCAGAAGCCUCGAGAAAUCGUCGGAGCCUCCAGUUGGAGUGCUGCGUGCAGCUUUCUGCAGGAUCCUGUUCAACUAAGCGCCCAUUUACAGCACUGUUACCCGCUGCAGAUCAGUGCAGCGACUGCAGAAGUUGUGGAUGCGUAUUUUGCUCACCCAAAAUGGCCCCAUGACAAUCCUGAUGUUCGACCUUUUUUCCACGGGCUUUUGGCUUUCAUGAUGCACCUGCAGCAUCUCGCUAAGAACACCAGUGUACUUGACUGCUCGCAUCUCAGACAUUUGACGGAGUGA